ACGCACAGGCACAACCUCGAUGCGCAUGUCUACUCUCGCCCUCUCCCCCGUCAUGCCGGCGGUUCCACCACCGGCCUACACAUCUUCUGCAGAGGAGGAAGAAGAUCCAUUCGCGGCGCAUUAUACGCCGUCGCUACCGCCAACGCCAGAGCCUGAGUCCUGGAAGACCGCCUGGAGCGAGAAGAGCGUAGAGCAGUUCGUGCUCGCGGGGCCCGUAACGCAGCAUGCAGACGGCGGCGUGCGCCUCGAAAGCAAUUUGCCGCAGGCAGCGGUGAAGGCGGAUUUGAGGGAGGUUCCGCCUGCGUAUAUGCGAUAUACAUAGAGCUCACCGUCGAGUAACGUCUCUUAAAUUAUUGUAAUUUUUCUGUUGAUUUGCGUGGCGCUCAUGUUUGUUCUCGUCUUUUCUUUUCGGUUUUAUCUGGGACAAUCUACACUCAUUUCUUGGUGUAUUAGUACAAUCAGAUUUAAUAUGCUUUGACAGCAUGCAGUACACUUGGACUUGUAAUUUAUGUGAAAAGUCACGGCUUUGUUAAUGGGUACGGCGACUGGUACGGUAAGCUGUAACAUAAGUUCUGCUCACGCCAGCAGUAUCCUAGAGUAAAACCGAUAUCCCACUUAACCAAAAAAAAUAGUCAAACCAUGCUUCCAGUAAAGUUAAUGUAGCUGGUCAAAGAACUUCCGCAACAACUACAGUUCGGCGAUAGACUUCAAUACGGCCUCAGUACUGCCCCAGGGACGGCGUCAGGCAGUACCUGCCAGGCGAGUCGAUCUCGAGUAUAUUGCAAAGACUAGGUCCAGCUAUCCCGACGGCACC